GACUCACAGUUGCCAUAAUUAUCAAAUUAGCUACCAGAUUAGCAAUCUCAUCUGCUUUGAGCUGGUGUGAGAGGUCUUCAGAAACCUUUUGGUUCAAGUGGGGCAGUUAACUUUUUGUACUUUUAAUUUUUUUAAUUCUCAGACUUGGGUUUUUUUUCUGUUUGGGUGCAUGAGUGGGAAUGGUGUCAUUAGUGAUGAUUUAGCAGUGGCAACUGCUAACAUGGAAGAGAGUGUGUGUCUUAAGGACAAAAGCAAUUCCUGCAGGAUUUUAAUGUUCUGUUGUGUUUGCUGCUUUCGGAGGAGAAAUGAAACAAACUCUGUACAAAGGAGGGGGAAAACGAAAAGAAAUAAGAGAAAUGAGGAAGAGGGCCACAUUGGAGCCAUACCCCUGGAUAAGACUGACAAGGAGGAGCAGCAGAGAAAGGGAAAAGACCACUGGAGCACUGUGUCCCUGGGUGAACUUGACCAUGGAGAUGCUGUAACUCUGGCUGCUAAACCAUACAGCAUGGAGACUCAAGACAGCUUAAGUACUGUGCACUUAGAUGUGCACCACAAUGAACAGAAGCAGGAGCAAAAACUUCUGAGUGCAGUGUCCCUGAAGGUGCAUUGUGAGGAGCAAAAAAGCAAGGACAGACAGGACUACCUCAACAACUUGUCUCUGGGUGCACGGUGUGAAAGGGGAAAGCAAGGAGGACAAGACCAUGUAAGUGCUGUGUCUGAGGGAGCAACCACCAAUGAAGAGCAGGACUAUCAAAGUGUACCACACAAGGAGAAGGAACAGUCCAGUUCAGUUCAGUUCCCUAUGGGAACUGAACACUUGAGUAUCUUGUCUCUGGGAGUAACCUAUGAAAAGGAAAAACCAGAAGGACAGAUACAUGUGAGCUCUCAGUGUGAAGGUGCAUCCUGCAAGGAGGAAAAGGACUACCAUGGUAUACCAUACAAGGAAGAGCAACAGCCUAUGGUGCCAGAACACCUGAGCAAUUUAUCCCCAGAUGUAAUCUCUGAAAAGAAAAAACAAGGACAAGACCAUGUGAGCACUGAGUCCGAGGGUGCAUCCUCCAAAGAGGAGCAGGACUGUCAAAGUGUACCACACAAGGAGGAACAACAGCCUAUGGGACCCAAACACCCAAACAAUUUAUUCCUGGGUAUAACCUAUGAACAGGAAAAACAAGGAGACCAUGUGAGCUUUGAGUCUGAGGGUGCAGCCUACAAAGAGGAGCAGGACUGUCAAGGUGUACCAUACAAGGAGGAGCAGCAGCCUGUAGGACCAGAACACCUGAGCAAUUUAUCCCCGGAUGUAGCCUCUGAAAAGAAAAAACAAGGAGAGCAUGUGAGCACUGAGUCUGAGGGUGCACCCUCCGAAGAGGAGCAGGAUUGUCAAGGUGUACCACACAAGGAGGAGCAACAGCCUAUGGGACCCAAACACCCAAACAAUUUAUCCCUGGGUAUAACCUAUGAACAGGAAACACAAGAAGGAGACCAUGUGAGCACUGAGUCUGAGGGUGCACCCUCCAAAGAGGAGCAGGAUUGUCAAGGUGUACCAUACAAGGAGGAGCAACAGCCUAUGGGACCCAAACACCCAAACAAUUUAUCCCUGGGUAUAACCUCUGAACAGGAAAAACAAGGAGAAGACUAUGUGAGCUUUCAGUUUGAAGGUGCACCCUCCAAAGAGGAGCAGGAUUGUCAAGAUGUACCAUACAAGGAGGAGCAACAGCUCAUAGGAUCUGAACAUUUAAGUAUCUUGUCUCUGGGAGUACCCUACGAACAGGAAAAAGAAGGAGAAGACCAUGUGAGCUCUGAGUCUGAAGGUGCAGCCUACAAAGAGGAGCAGGACUGUCAAGGUGUACCAUACAAGAAGGAGCAGCCUGUAGGACCAGAAUGCCUGAGCCCUUGGUUCCUGGGUGUAACCUAUGAAAAGGAACAACAGGUAGGAAAGGACCAUGUAAGCUCUGCGUCUGAGGGUGCAUCCUGCAGGGAGAAGCAAUACUACCAAGGUGUACCACACAGUGAGCAGCAACAAGUUAAGGGACCAGAACAACUGAGUACAUUGUCCCUGCCUGGAACCUCCAAGGAAGAACAGCAAGUAAGACAAGACCACUUAAAUACUAGAAGCCUAGGAGCACUCUAUGAGACGGAUAAGCAGGUGGGACAUAAUCACCGAAGCAACCUGUUCCUGUUUGUGCCCUAUGAUGAUGGACAGAAUCACCAGAACACUAUGCCCCUGAGUGUGAGUGUGUCAUGCGACAGUGAGAGGGAACUGUGGGAGGGACAGGAUCCGCAGAAGAUCAUGUCCCUGUAUGUGCCAUGUGAAGAAGAAGUACAGCAGGAGAAACAGGAUCUUGUAAACACCAUGAUCCCCUGUGUACCCUGUGACAAGGGGAAACAGCAGGAGGGUCAAAAUAUCCUGUAUACACUCUAUGAGAAAGAGAUGAAACAGCAGGAUGGACGGCAGGAUCAAUUGAGCCCUAUGUCUCUGUGUGUGGCCUGCAAGGAAAAUGAGAAGGAAGAGGAGGAACAGAAUCUCCUGAACACCACAUUCCUGUAUGAGCCCUAGCAGGAGGAGCAGCAGAAGUAACAUGACCACCGUGGACACAGCUGGACUGUAGAAAGCAGAGGACCACAGGAGAGAUUAAAUCACUUGUAUCUUUA